CGAGCUCUGGGAUGCUGAGGCAGAACAGAAGCGUAUCGGCGGCACCACGAGUGAGAGUAGGAUGAGGACGCAGAAUGAGAUGUAAAUGGAGAUGCCAUGCUUUCGCCAAGAAUCUGGACAUUCAUUCAGUUUUAAAGUGCUUCACAUUGAAUUGCAAAAAGCAUCUCUUCUCUCUAAAGCAAUCCAUUAUUGACAAUUGAUGUCAAAACACAUGCUUGAGCAGCUUAAUGCUGCCUCACUGGGUGAAACCUCACUAAUGGAAGGAAAACCUUAUAAGAGCCAGCUCAUCAAAAUACACCUAAGACUAGCAUAAUGCCUUCGAAAGUAUCAUGUUUAUACAUCCUGACAGUGGUUUGCUGGGCCAGCGCAUUGUGGUACUUGAGCAUUUCGCGGCCGACGUCCACAUAUGUUGGUCACAUGGCUAUGCCUAAACGUAGGAUUGUGAAACCUCCUCCCAAAAACAUCACAUUCACCAACAUCCGCACGCGCCCCCUCAACCCACAUGCCUUCGAAUUUGUAAUAAAUGAGCCGAAAAAGUGUGAAAGCAUCACGCCCUUCCUGGUUAUUCUCAUCAGCACCACACACAAGGAGUUUGACGCACGGCAGGCCAUCCGAGAGACCUGGGGCGAUGAGGGCACUUAUAGCGACAUCCACAUUCUCACCAUCUUUCUUCUGGGGAGGAACACAGACGACGUGCUCAACCAGAUGGUGGAGCAGGAGAGUCAGAUCUUUCAUGAUAUUGUAGUGGAGAACUUUAUUGAUUCAUAUCACAAUCUCACCCUCAAGACUCUAAUGGGCAUGCGCUGGGUAGCGACAUUCUGCCCAAAGGCUCAAUAUGUCAUGAAGACAGACAGUGACAUCUUUGUCAACAUGGACAAUCUUAUUUACAAGCUUCUAAAGCCCAGUACCAAGCCCAGAAGGAGAUACUUCACAGGCUAUGUGAUAAACGGUGGUCCUAUCAGAGAUAUGCGCAGCAAGUGGUACAUGCCCAGAGACCUAUACCCUGAAAACAAAUACCCGCCGUUUUGCUCAGGCACUGGCUACGUGUUCUCCGCAGAUGUAGCCGAGCUAAUCUACAAGACUUCGCUGCACACCAGACUGUUGCACCUGGAGGACGUGUAUGUGGGGAUGUGUUUGCGUAAACUAGGCAUCCACCCUUAUCAGAACAGUGGGUUCAACCACUGGAAAAUGGCUUACAGUCUUUGCAGGUACAGGCGUGUCAUCACAGUCCAUCAGAUCCCCCCGGAGGAGAUGCAUCGCAUCUGGAAUGAUAUGUCCAGCAAGAAGCACCUCAGAUGUUAGGAGACAUGAGGAUCAACAAAGAACAACUCCAAUUUAUCCAGCUGACCCCUUACCAACCUCAUUUACUUUGGCCUUUAUAUCUUAUUACAAAUUGUCACAUUUAAUCAUGUAAGAACCUGCAGUUGCUUCUGCAAGUCCAUGUUUUAUGACACAUGGAUUAAUUAGCAUUAGCAUUACCAGUUUGUAUAGUCACUCACUCUUAAAGCAGUUGUUAAGGAGUUUUAAAGUUGGGUUCUGUUAAAGCGUUUAAUAUCUUUCCUGGAGAAUACAACUCUUAAGCAUGUUCAUUAAGUAUAAAUCUAGUUUGGUUUCUUCCAGAGGCUGAAACCUAUAUUCUAAAGCAGGAUAAAAGCAGAAUGUCUUAUACCACUCCAGUGAAAACAAUAUCACAAUUGUCUAACACACCUGAAAUUGCUGACUUACCUCUACAGUAUGCAGCCAAGUUCUCCAGAGUCUUGCUAAUGACCUCAUUUAUUAGACUCAGAUGUGUUGAAGCAGACAUGUCUAAAAAUGGUCCCUCGAGGACUGUAGUUAAAGACCCCUACUCUAGAGAGACCUAAAGAUUUUUGAACAUGGUGCCAUUUUUGAACAAUUGCACAAUCUUGGAGGAUUUCCAGACUAGUUUUAAGCAUCUAAAUAGCACUGUUAAAUAUAUAAUUUUAGCAGAUGAUGGAAGCUUUGUAAUCUUUGUACUAUAAAGUUUAAUGGGAACAAUUGAUACUGUUGAUUCCACAGUUUGUAUCUGGUGUCUGGAGCAUUUCAGUUACAGCCUAGGACUGGCAUAAAAAAAGAAAUUGCUGAUCUUAAUAUCAAUAAGUUUCUGUCUGCUCCAGCACCUCUUUUAUGUGGAGUUCCUUGGAUUCUGUCUUUUCCUCUUUUCUUUUCUUGUCUGUACUUACUCCGUUUGGCAUCAAGUCAUUGUAAGCUUGGAAUUUUCCAACGUACAAUGAAAGUAAAACAUAGGGUGUUAUAUUCUGCCAUAUCAGUAUUUAUGAACAUAUUGCUAAUAAAUUGGGCAUAAUUAUGGUUUUGGAAAAUUAAUAAACAGAUAAGCCUCACUUUGCAGAAAAGACGUUUAUAAAUAGAUAUGACAGCAAAAGCUAUAAAGACAACAACUAGAGAGAGUAAUACACAAGUUACAACUCACCUUGGUUACUACAGUGCACUUUAGGUUGAGGUCAACCACAGCCUUUUUCACACCACUAGCUUGCUCAAAGUGCUGUUUUGCCGUAUCCUACGGAAAUCUGGGUUUGUAAAGUGGUAGCUCCCAAACUUUGCAAUUUUAAAGUUACCUUUAAAAUUAGACAAGGAUCUUUUUUUAUUGUAUUGAGGUUUAUUUUUUAAACAUAUCUAGUGCCUUUUGGCAUAGUUUAAGUGGCACCAUUUCUUUUUUCUUUUAACCUUUUCUUACAUGUACUUAACAAAUAUAAGAUUUAGUAGAUUUAGUUACAUUAAAAAAAAUUGCUUU